AUGCGUGCACCACGGGGUGACUUCCGCGUUCGUGCGGCAGAUGAUCCUCCGAGUUUAUUGGUUGUUAUACUCGAUGUUGCAGCACUUGCGUGGACGGAUAUUGCGGGCGAUAAAGCCACGGCAACUCUUCAAUCUGUGAUUGAACAGCUACUUGUCUUUUUGAAUUCAUUCAUGCUCCUUCACGAAUCGAAUCGCAUUUGCGUAAUCCUGGCUUCACCAGAUGGGGCCCAGCUAGUCUUCCCAGAGCUUUCAGAACCCGGCUCGCGAUGCUCUGAUAUCGAUUUAGUCGCUGAGGACAAUGCACUGGAUGCUGCUACUGCUGGAAGUGGCUUCACUUUACACGCAGAACAAACACCAUUGAAAUUGCGAGACGCCGUACUCGCAGGUGUCAAAGAGGCGUUUCGAGCGCAGGAAGGGGAGGUCGCAAGUGCUCCAGCUCCGAUUAGCACUGCUCUCGCCACGGCCUUGUGUUUGCAUAACCGUGCAAAAAGCAUUAAAUCGACACGCUCCUCAUUGAGUCUAGGCCAGGGCAACGGCCAGGCAAACAAUGAUUCCGGAACAUGUAAUGGGCGAAUCCUUAUGCUUAUCGCAAGUGAAGACGCCCCAGAGCAGUACGUGCCGGUCAUGAAUUGCAUAUUCUCCGCCCAGCGCAUGGGCGUCCCCUUGGAUUCAUGUAUACAUGGGGAUAAAGACUCAACAUACCUUCAACAGGCCGCGUACCUGACGAACGGUGUUUGUCUCAGGCCCAACGAGUUUAGCACCGAAAACCCAAAUGUACUAAUUCAGAUCUUGCAGACGGUCUUUCUGACUGAUCGUCUCAACCGCGAUUUUCUGGCAAUGCCAACUCCGCGCAAGGUCGAUUUCCGUGCUUCUUGUAUGAAGACAAGGCAAAUCAUUGAAGAUGGCUACACUUGCUCUGUUUGUUUAUCGACGUUUGCAACUACGGUAGCAAAGGGUGCGGCCAUGUGCCCUAUAUGCAGUGCUCGCUUCGCCAUCACGUCUAGAGUGAAGAGGAGACCUCCCAGACCCUGA